CGGAGGCGUCCGGCCCCAGAAGACUCCUGUCCUCUUCAGAGUAAGUAUGUGCGUACGGAGAGACAUGCUGAAGCUGGCGUCGCCAUGACGACCAGCGAGGACGAGCUGAGGCGCCUCGACGUCCACCUGGACAGGAAGUCCCGCCUCCUGAACCUCACAGCCAACCACGUGCGAGCCAUCCUGCAUGAGGUGAUCACAGAUGAGCGUGUGGUGGAGAUGAUGAAGGCGACGAUCAGAGACACUCAGGACCUGCCCAUGUUCGAGCAGAAGAUGACUCGAUCCAGACUAAAAGAGGCUGUUCAGCAGGGCCAGCCACUGAACUGGAGUCUCUCAGCAGUGAACAAGCCUCCCCAGUUCGUGGACAUAGAUCUGGAUGAGGACUCGUCAGAUGAAGAGUAUUGUCCCGAUGAUGAAGAGGAGGAGGAGGAGGACACAGCUGAGGAGACCUUCUUCAGUGAUGCAGACAGCUUGACUUCACCUCCCAGAAUACAUCAGAGCUCUCAACCCAGACGUCUGGCAGACCAGAGGACUGAAGAAACCGCUACAGAGGUCCUCCAGACAGGUGACUCCCCCCGGCUCUCCUCACCUGCUCACUGCUCCAGAGUCUUCCUUCCUGGAGAGACUGAACGCUGUCGAGGAGGAGCUGGACUGCAGCCCCGCCUUCUCCUACAACCAGGUAACACUGACGCACACACCUACAACCAGUCUCACUGCCCGCGGGAAGAAACUGUCUUACACACCUACAACCAGUCUCCGGACAGGAAGGCUUGUGAGGACGGGGCAGGUCGUCCUGGGUUGGCGUACAGAACCCGCUCUAAGCUGCGCCUGGUGAACGUUCCUCUGGAGCAGCUGGAGGCGGAGCUUCUGGCUCCGGACAUCACAGCUGACAUGUACGAUCAGAGCGCGGCCCAGCGUGAGGAGGACCGGCACUGGACCCGCUGGCUGCAGGGCCUGAUGACCCCCCAGCCUGAAGAGGAAGCUGACGAUGACGACGACCCAGAGUACAACGUCCUGGAGGACCUGGACGAACCGGACCUGGAGGACUACAGGACGGACCGGGCCGUGCAGAUCACCAAGAAGGAGGUGAAUGAGCUGCUGGAGGAACUCUUUGAUACGCUUCAGGAGGAAGUGGCCGCUGAGGAGCAGGAAGAGGAGGAACCGUCACAGACUGGAGCCAAGUUCAACGUCCCUGCAGCUCUACGGUUUGAGGCCCCGUUAGCCAGCAUGCUGACGGAGCGGCGCAGGACCGUCAGGAAGCAGUACGAGGCCCUGCAGCAGAGGAGGGCCCUGCAGGACUCCACCAACCAGCACCGGGACCUGAAGGGCCCGCCUAGCCCACAGCCCACCACCUCUAUCAUAGUCCUGCAGAGAGGCGUCUGCCCCCCCCUCCACCUGGACCACACCCAGAAACUGCAGCUGCAGCAGCAGAUCCAGCAGCAUGUGCAGCUGCUGACUCAGGUCCACCUGCUGACUCGCCGCGUGGACGCCCUGAACCACGAGAACUGCAUCACUAAACACUACCUGGAGGAGCUGCAGCAGUUUGCCAGGCGUCGGGAGGAGCUUCUCCUCAGCAGCAGCUUCAGAGGGUGUAACCUUCAGGGGGCUCUGGACCUCCUGCAGGAGCAGACAGCGGGUCCUAAUCCUGGUCCUCCUGCCUCCUCCAGACGCUGGCUCCCCACCAUGAGCCCUGCCACCAGGAGUCUGGCCUUCCCUCUGAUGCCUGCAGACGAGGCCUGGCUGUUUGCCACGCGGCCCGUCUUCCUGUACCCAGAACUACUUCCUGUCUGCAGCCUGGACCCGCCGGCCGAGACCCGACGGCGCCGCAGCGUGUACACCGCCGGAGAGGACGGGUUGAUGGUCCUGGCUCUGAAGCACUUUGAGGGGGGGGUGCAGCCGGAUCAGCUGAUCAGCUCCUACCUGCUGUGCAAGUCCCGCUGGAACCUGAGGAAACACAUCCGAGAGAUGAGUGGCACCAGAGCCCCCCCCCCACAGCGUCAUCAAGGCGUUCCUGAGUCAGAGAGUGGUGCCCCCCCUCCCCCUCGCCUGCAGCAGGGCUCAGCCUGGAGAGCAGCGCCCCCCCGUGGAGAGGGACACCUCCAUCCUGACAACAGUCAGCUGAUCAUCCAGAAGACCCGCCUCCCCUCCGGCUGUUACCCACCCUCCCUCCCCCCCGGCUGCAGCCUCAGGCUCCACCCCCAUUGGCUCAACAAGUCAGGCCACGCCCCUCCCCCCCCCCAAAGGCGUCUCUUCGCCUUAGCCCACAAUGCAUCUCUGCUGCCGUUGGCCAAAGCCCCGGCAGCCCGACAGCCAAUCAGCUCACAGCUACGCCCUCCUGCGGUUGUACCCCCACCUCCUUCCAGCGCAGCGCUCUCAUUGGCUGCUGCGCACACACUCCCUGCCCCCACCAUCCAGCCCUGCCUUCCUAUUGGUCAGACCACGCAGCAGAGCAUCCUCCUCCCACUCCCCUCCCUCACCAGCCCGGAAACUACAAAUCCCAGAAUGCCUUGCUCUGCUGCCAAGUCUGGGUACCUCCUACUCCAGAUGGUGUGGACUCCCCCAACCAAAACCUCCCAGAAUACACCUGGGCCAAUCGGAGAGGACAGACUGGAUGGGGGGGAGUCGGGGGAGAGUUCAGCCUCCACACUGAGCCCGGAAGAGGAGGGGGAAGAUGAAGCUGGUGGGGGAGGAAACGAGGAAGAGGAGGGACAGAGGGAAGAGGAGGGACAGGGGGAGGAUGGGGGAGGAGAGGGGGAGGAAGAGGAGGAACAGAAAGAAGAUGGUGGAGGAGAGGAAGAGGAUGGAGACAAAGAUAAAGAUGAAGAUCAGGACCGACAGGGGGGCGAGGAGGAAGAGGAGGAGGAUUUUGAUGACCUCACUCAGGAUGAAGACGAGGAGGAAGUGAUGUCAUCGGCGUCCGAGGAGUCUGUGCUUUCUGUUCCAGAGCUACAGGAGACCAUGAAGCAGCUCACCUGGCUGGCGUCUGAACGGAGACUUUGUGCCGACGGAGACUCGGAGGAGGAAAACUCUCCGACCUCCGCAGGCUCUCAGGAGGAGGAGGAGGAAGAGGAGGAAGAGGAGGAGGGGCCUAAAGGGGAGGAGUCUGGAGAGGGGGGGGGCUGUAAGGGGGGAGGAGAUGAGGAGACGGCGGGGGGGGAGGGGAGGCCCAGAGGAGGGGGGGGGAGACGGGGUCGGGGGAGAGGCCAGACUCUCCGGCUCAGGGGGAGUCGGCAGGUCAGCAAAGACUCCAAGAAGCUGCUGCUGCUGUACGACGAGAACCUGCUGAGCCUCGACCCCCAGAGAGAGAGCAAGGACAUGGCCUUCGCUCAGGGGUACCUGCAGCGGGUGCGUGAAGCGCUGCAGGACGUGCCUGGACAGGUGGAGGAGUUCGUGUCUCUCCUGAACGACUUCGAGCAGGUGGGCGAAGGACAGGAAGUUAUGCUGUUGUUCAGGAAGCUGCGCUGCAUCCUGGGAGAUCGGACAGACCUCCUCCGAGACUUCGCUGCAUUCCUGCAUCCUGAGCAGGCGCUGCAGUGUGGACUGUUUGAGGAGCAGCAGGCGUUUGAGCGCAGCCGGCGUUUCCUGCGACAGUUAGAGAUCAGUUUUGGAGAUAAUCCAUCACAUUAUCAGAAGAUCAUCAAAGCUCUGCAGACCGGCCCAGACCUGAGUCCCAGCAGCAUCCACGAGCUGAAGGCUCAGAUGGCCGCGCUGCUGAAAGGCCACACCCAUCUCCAAGCUGAAUUCUGGGUAUUUUUCGACGAGCUCCGCCCCCCUCCAGCACGCCCGGGACAGUUUGAGGAAGCUCAUUGGCCGGAGGAAGGAGGGGGCGGGCCAGACUGUGGAGAGGGCGUCGGCAUCUUGUUAGGAGGCGGAGCCAGCAGCGGCUUCGAGGAAGUGACGCUCCCGGAGCUGGAAGAAGAAGAGGAGGGGCUUAAGAUCCAGCCAAUGACGAGCCGGCGCCAGAGGAGGAAGAUGGACGCCCACAGGAACUACAAGGACUGUGAUUGGUCGGAUAACCGCAGACACCACAGGAAAGGAUGCUUGCAUUGCCACGGCAACAAGGCACCAGGGGGCGUGUCCCGAGCGAUGAAGAGGCUGGACCCUCUGUACGCACAGAUAAGCCCCGCCCACCUCCAUCCAGGUGAUAAGGACCUGAAGGGGGACGACAGCCCGCCACCAGGUCACAGCAGUGCAUCAUGGGAAGGCUCAUUCCCUCUGAUUGAUGAGAAGGAGGAAGAGGAGGACGAGGAAGAGGAGGAGCUGGAGGAUGAGGAAGAAGAAGAAGAAGAAGAGGAGGAGAGGAAGACCAGUGAGGAGUCCAGUCCAACGGUGAAGAGGAGCAGGAUGGAGGAGGUGGGGGGGUGCUCACCUGUUAUCUCCCCCUCUUUGUCCCCCUCGCUCACCUCCUCUGACCAGCCAUUAUCCCCCUCCUCUAACCAGCCAUUAUCCCCCUCCCUCACCUCCUCUAACCAGCCAUUAUCCCCCUCCUCUAACCAGCCAUUACCAUUAUCCCCCUCCCUCACCUCCUCUGACCAGCCAUUAUCCCCCUCCUCUAACCAGCCAUUAUCCCCCUCCCUCACCUCCUCUAACCAGCCAUUAUCCCCCUCCUCUAACCAGCCAUUAUCCCCCUCCCUCACCUCCUCUAACCAGCCAUUAUCCCCCUCCUCUAACCAGCCAUUAUCCCCCUCCCUCCCCUCCUCUAACCAGCCAUUAUCCCCCUCCCUCACCUCCUCUGACCAGCCAUUAUCCCCCUCCCUCACCUCCUCUAACCAGCCAUUAUCCCCCUCCCUCACCUCCUCUAACCAGCCAUUAUCCCCCUCCUCUAACCAGCCAUUAUCCCCCUCCUCUAACCAGCCAUUAUCCCCCUCCUCUAACCAGCCAUUAUCCCCCUCCGUCACCUCCUCUAACCAGCCAUUAUCCCCCUCCUCUAACCAGCCAUUAUCCCCCUCCCUUACCUCCUCUAACCAGCCAUUAUCCCCCUCCCUCCCCUCCUCUAACCAGCCAUUAUCCCCCUCCUCUAACCAGUCAUUAUCCCCCUCCCUCACCUCCUCUAACCAGCCAUUAUCCCCCUCCCUCACCUCCUCUAACCAGCCAUUAUCCCCCUCCCUCACCUCCUCUGACCAGCCAUUAUCCCCCUCCCUCACCUCCUCUAACCAGCCAUUAUCCCCCUCCCUCACCUCCUCUGACCAGCCAUUAUCCCCCUCCUCUAACCAGCCAUUAUCCCCCUCCUCUAACCAGCCAUUAUCCCCCUCCUCUAACCAGCCAUUAUCCCCCUCCCUCACCUCCUCUAACCAGCCUGCCAAGAACAUUUCUCUGACAGCGAGCGGAGAGAAGGUCAUCCUGUGGACCAGAGAGGCAGACCGGGUCAUUUUGACGACGUGUCAGCAGGAAGGAGCCAAUCAGAGCACUUUUCAGGCCGUCUCUUCUCUGCUUGGCAACAAGUCUCCGAGCGAGGUGUCGCGGCGGUUUCGGGAUUUGAUGCGUUUGUUUCGGACGGCCCGGCAGACCGAGGACGAGGCUCCACCCCCUGAGCCGGCAGCAGCCAAUGAGGAAGCAGACAGGGAUGACAGCCAAUCAGAAGAGCCGAAGCUUGUUUGACAUUUGCAGGACUUUUAUUGGGAAGGGAUUCAAAGAUGUGUUUAGUGUAAAUAUGAAAAUAUCAGAUUAUUUAAUGUUUUUGUAAAAUUUCUUUUAAAAAUAAAACAUGGUUUUUUUCAUCAAA